AAUUAAAGAGUUUAUAUGUUAUCAUCGCCAAAACCGCAUCUCCCAUUUUCCUCCUCACUUUUCUCUGUUUGAUUUUAAGAGAUUAAUUAAACACCAAAUUUGGGCACAAGAGAGGAGAGGGGAGGAGUUAAGAUGCCCUAUUGCGUCGUUAGCAAACACCCUGAAGAAGAGAAAAAGGGGAGCCAUGGGAACGGGAUCCGUAUCUUCUACCAAAGAUAUGGCCAUGGAUCCACCAAAGUUCUCCUCAUUAUUGGGUUCGCCGGCACCCAUGACAUGUGGUCUCCGCAGAUAAAGGGUCUGGCGGGGACUGCAGAAUCGCAGGACGAGGAGGCGCCUGCGACGGCGGCGGCGGAGGCCGCGGAGGAUGGUGAAGGGAUAGAGGUCUGCUGCUUCGAUAAUCGCGGGAUGGGCCGGAGCUCUGUGCCUGCAGAGAGAUCCCAAUAUACGACGAUAAUCAUGGCGAAGGAUGCAGUGGCUCUGUUGGAUCAUUUAGGUUGGAGAAAGGCUCAUAUCUUUGGCCACUCGAUGGGGUCUAUGAUAGCUUCAAAGUUGGCGGCAAUUGCGCCCGAGAGGGUUUUAUCAUUGGCUUUGCUAAAUACAACUGGAGGCGGCUUCGAGUGCUUCCCAAAGAUCGAUCGCAAAACCAUGUCCCUUGCAUUUCGUUUUCUAAGAGCAAAGACUCCAGAACAAAGAGCUGUUAUUGAUCUCGAAGUCCAUUAUACGAAGGAAUAUCUUGAUGAACAUAUUGGAUCGAGUACGAGAAGAAAAAUUCUAUAUCAGGAAUACGUCAAGGGGCUUACGUCGAACGGCAUGCAGUCCAGCCAUGGCUUUGAAGGCCAGAUUAACGCAUGCUGGACGCACAAACUGACAUCAACUGAACUCGACCGGAUUCGUUCAGGAGGAUUUUUGGUUUCUGUUAUUCAUGGGAGGGACGACAUCAUUGCUCGACUAUAUCAUGCAAGAAGGCUUGCGGAGAAGCUCUACCCUGCUGCUAGAAUGGUCGAACUUCACGGGGGUCAUUUAGUAAGCCAUGAAAGACCUGAUGAGGUUAAUCUAUCUCUUGUUGAGUUGAUUAAGGCAUCAAAAUCAAAGCUAGAACCAGAAAACUGGUCCAACAUUCCUAAGAAUGCCCCUGGUUGUAUGGUGCCUGGGCUGCUCGGUUCGCUGACCAAAAGGAGCGACGAUGAAGUUAGUUAUGUUGUAUUAACAUACAGCGUGCUGAGAAAGCUACAAUUUACCUUGCUUUACUUUUUCGGAGCAAUCCUUCUCUGCUUCGAGCAUGCGAAAAAAGUCCUCAGAAUUUUGAAGCCUGUUCGAGUUGCGCCCGCCAUCUCCUAGUGCAAAUUGGGGAUGCAGCAGAAAGUAACAUUGAGAACAAGGCAUGAAGAUCGAAAAGAGGGCGCAUUUUUCCUUCAUCAUAAUAUAUAUAUAUAUAUAUAUAUAUGAUGAGUUACAGAAUGAGAGAUAACAUAUUGUGGGCCAAUGCCUGAUGAAGAUGUUGUGAGAGCGGCGAGAAGUGUUCGAUACAUAUACAGAGAUUUAAAUGCAGGUUCUCCUGGGAUGUGUUGCAGGAGCUUUUUACUCUUUUGUUGUGUCUUCUAUCUUUUUUGUCAAUGAGGAACACAAGAAAAACAAUUCACACCCAAGUGAGGAGAUGUGUAAAUGCAACAUGAUAAACAUCCUUUGCUUGUAUAUUUGGUUUUGUUUGUGGAAAUGAUUUGUCUCUUUCAUGUUUUUCUUCUUCAGAA